CAGGCGGCGGUGACAGGCGGCGCAGCGGCCGCUUCGCUCGUCGCUCGUCGCUCAUCGCCGGUCAGCCCCUGGCCGCAGUCGGGACCCCGGCCGCGGGUCCCCGCGGGCGGCUGCCGGAGCGGCGGAGGCGGAGGCGGAGGCGGAGCAGGCGGCAGAUGGCUGAGAGCUGCCAGUCAGCCCCCGGACCAUGAUGGCUCAGUUUCCAGCUGUUAUGAACGGAGGCCCUAACGUGUGGGUGAUCACCUCGGAAGAGCGGACCAAGCAUGAUAAGCAGUUUGACAGCCUCCGACCCGCUGGAGGACACAUCACAGGUGAUCAGGCACGUGGUUUCUUCUUGCAGUCUGGCCUCCCAGCUCCUGUCUUAGCUGAAAUAUGGACCCUAUCAGACCUCAAUAAAGAUGGGAAGAUGGACCAGCAAGAAUUCUCCAUCGCCAUGAAGCUCAUCAAGCUCACACUUCAAGGGCAGCGCCUGCCUCCGUCCCUGCCUCCGGUCAUGAAGCAACCACCUGUCUUCUCUCCCUUGGCAUCUGCACGCUUUGGAAUGGGAAGCAUGCCCAACUUGUCCAUCCCUCAGUGUGUGCCCCCAGCUGCCCCCAUGGCUCCCGUAUCCUCAAGGCCUUCCGUCACUUCCCUUCCUCCCUUGGGGAUGCCCGCUCCCCUGGUGCCCUCCGUUAGUACGUCAUCAUUGCCCAACGGGACCGCCACCCUGCUCCAGCCCAUGGCCGUCCCCUUCUCUUCAGCAACAUUGCCUCACACGUCGUCCUAUGGUCUCUUGAUGGGCAGCUUUGGCAGUUCUUGUAUCCAGAAGGCUCAGUCUCUGAUUGACUUGGGAUCGAGCAGCUCCACGUCCUCCACCGCUUCCCUGACGGGCGGCUCACCCAAAGCUGGCGCCUCAGACUGGGCCGUCCCUCAGCCUUCCCGACUGAAGUACCGCCAGAAGUUUAACAGCUUGGAUAAGGGCAUGACGGGCUACCUGUCAGGUCUCCAGGCGCGGAAUGCCCUUCUCCAGUCCAACCUCUCUCAAACCCAGCUGGCUACUAUUUGGAACCUGGCCGAUGUGGAUGGAGAUGGUCAGCUCAAAGCAGAAGAGUUUAUUCUGGCCAUGCACCUGACCGAUAUGGCCAGGGCCGGGCAGCCGUUGCCUCUGACCUUGCCCCCAGAGCUGGUGCCGCCUCCUUUCAGAGGAGGAAAACCUGUUGAUUCCCUUAAUGGAACUCAGCCUUGCUACGAGAGAACCCAAGAAGAGCCACCUCAGAAAAAGUUACCAGUGACCUUUGAGGACAAACGAAAGGCCAACUAUGAGCGGGGAAACCUGGAGCUGGAGAAGCGGCGGCAGGUGCUGCUGGAGCAGCAACAGCGCGAGGCCGAGCGGAAGGCGCAGAAGGAGAAGGAGGAGCUGGAGCGCAAGCAGAGGCUGCUCCAGGAGCAUGAGUGGCGGAGGCAGCUCGAGCUCGAGAAGCAGCGGGAGCUGGAGAGGCAGCGGGAGGAGGAGAGGAGGAGAGACGCUGAGAGACGGGAGGCUGCGAAACAAGAACUAGAACGUCAGCGCCGAUUGGAAUGGGAGAGAAUUCGCCGACAGGAGCUGCUUAGCCAGCGGAAUAGGGAACAGGAAGAAAUUGUCCGGCUGCAAGCGAGGAAGAAGAGUUUGCACCUCGAACUGGAAGCACUGAAUGGCAAACAUCAGCAGAUCUCAGGGAGACUCGAGGACAUGCGGCAGAGAAAGCAGAGUCGGAGGAGUGAGUUGGAAAUCCUCGACAAGCAGUGUGACCUGGGGGUCCUGGAGAUCACCCAGCUUCAGCAGCAGCUCCAGGAAUCUCAGAAUCAGCUUGUCUAUUUGGUGCCGGAGAAGCAGCGGCUACAGGAGAGGGUUCAGCACCUGCAGCCGGACAGCUCAGCCCAUUUGGGGAUCAGUGCUGUGCACAAGAAGUCUCUGGAGAAGGAGGGUCUCUGCCAAAGACUGAAGGAGCAGCUGGACUCCGUGGAGAGAGAGACUGCAGCCAAGCUCUUGGCGAUGGACGAGUUUAACAGUGAGCUGAAGUGUGUCACUGUGGAUGGCUCUCUGCUGCAGUGCCUUUUGUCCCUGCUCAGCUGUCUCCACCACCUCUUCCUCUUACUUAAGGAAUUGAGAGAGAACUAUAACACGCAACAGUUGGCCCUUGAGCAGCUCAACCAGAUCAAACGGGAGAAACUGAGAGAGAUCGAAAGAAAAAGGGCAGAGGCAGCUCAGAAGAAGAAACUGGAAGAAGAGGCCACGAGGAAAGCGAAGCAAGGGAAAGAAAACCUGUGGCGGGAAAACCUGAAGAAGGAGGAAGAGGAGAAACAGAAGCGAUUUGUAGAAGAGAAAACCCAACAAGAAUUGCCGAGAGCCGAGAAUAAGCCGGGGGAGGCUCUCGGUGCCUCCGAUCCCAGGAAACCAGCCAGCUGGGUGAAUUACAGGGCCCUUUAUGCCUUUGAAGCGAGGAGUCAGGACGAGAUGAGCUUCAGUGCUGGAGACAUCGUGCAGGUGGACGAAAAAACCACAGGCGAACCUGGCUGGCUUUACGGCCAUUCUCAAGGCCGUUGUGGCUGGUUCCCGGGGAACUAUGUUGAAAAGGUGUCAGCUGGUGAAAAGCUGGCGUCUCCCAAGAAGGCCUUGCUGCCGCCCGCGGCUACUCUGUCAACUACCUCUUCAGCUCCUCCUGAAUCCCACCCUUCAGGGCGGCCCACAACAGAGACCGAUUACCAGAACAUACCCUUCUCUACCCUCACUGCUAAUGCCAACUGGCAGAAGAAAUCUGCUUUCACUCGAACUGUGUCCCCUGGAUCUGCAUCUCCCAUUCACGGACAGGGACAGACGGUAGAGAACCUGAAGGCACAAGCGCUCUGUUCCUGGACGGCUAAGAAGGAAAACCACCUGAAUUUCUCCAAGCACGACAUCAUCACGGUUCUGGAGCAGCAGGAAAACUGGUGGUUCGGGUCGGUGCAUGGAGGCAGAGGGUGGUUCCCCAAGUCCUAUGUCAAGAUCUUGGCAGAAACCAAGAAGGAAGAACCAGAACCUGUCUAUGCCAGCAUCAACCGGAAGCCGGGCGGCACGGGCUCUGCACUGGGAGAAGAAUAUGUGGCCCUCUACUCUUAUUCAAGCUCAGAGCCUGGAGAUCUGACCUUCACCGAGGGUGAAGAGAUCCUGGUCACCCAGAAGGAUGGGGAGUGGUGGACAGGGAGCAUCGGUAACCGAACCGGCAUCUUCCCUUCCAACUACGUCAGAGCCAAGGAACCUGAGGCUCUGGGAAGCGCUGGCCGAGCUGGGGCCCUGAACAAAAAGCCAGAAAUCGCCCAGGUCACUUCCUCCUACGUGGCUUCUGGGGCUGAACAGCUCAGCCUCUCACCUGGACAGCUAAUAUUAAUUCUGAAGAAAAACCCCAGUGGCUGGUGGCAAGGAGAGCUGCAGGCCAGAGGAAAGAAACGCCAGAAGGGAUGGUUUCCAGCCAGCCACGUGAAGCUUCUGGGCCCGGGGAGUGAGCGAGGGACCCCUGCCUCUCAGCCAGUGUGCCAGGUCAUAGCAAUGUAUGAUUACAUUGCCAACAAUGAGGAUGAGCUGAAUUUCUCCAAGGGACAGCUUAUCAACGUCUGGAACAAAGAUGAUGUUGACUGGUGGCAAGGAGAGAUCAGUGGCGUGAGCGGCCUCUUUCCUGCCAACUAUGUGAAGAUGACCACAGACUCGGAUCCCAGCCAGCAGUGACGCAAUCUUGUCUUCCAGCGUGAAAGUUCCUCAGAGACCCACUAUCCUCCCAGUCUGGCCAUAGCGUGGAGGCCGGGCAGGCGCCCUGGCUGCUUGGCUCCUACACCGCGGGCGCACGUUCGCCACCUGGGUUCUGGGCUUGGGCUUCCAACGUAAAGUCAUAGCUCUGGGCAAAGCUUUGAAGGAUAGUGGGUCUUUGUGUGGCUCUCACUGCUGCUCCCUCUGGUGUCCUCUGUUGUUGCUCCUCCCUUCAUGUCUACCCCAGCAGGUCACUGACUGGCUAGCCUCUUGAGUCUCCCUGCCUCCCCAGGCGGGAAGCUCAACGCACAAAGACCCACUAUCUGCCCACAUUCUGCUUGCUCUUUUGUAUGGGCUGUGACGGCUGCGCUUUCCUUUUCCUUGAGUGUUAGUGGCCAGCGUCUUACUUUUAAAUGUUUGGGCUGGGCUGGGAGGAGCAGAGGAAUGUGACUGGGGGAAGGGUGUGGGCCCUGUCCUCACCUCCUUCCUUCUCACCCCCUGAGCUAAGCCUGCCUGAGUGCCCCCUUGUGGGUGGGCAUCAGUGACUGUCCGAGCUAGUGGCUUUUACCCCUCACGGCUGUCCUGAGAGCGUGAUCAACAGUGGCAGGGCAUUGUGCAAGGGUGAGGCUUCACCUCCCAGCUCAGCCUCAGUUUCCUUGUCUAUAAAGUGACAGGGCUAGGCUAGGUGACCUCUGAGGCCCCUUCCAGGCCGUCGUACUGACCCAAUGCAGGCAUCCAUCAACCUCCUGGUGGCUUUAGGUGUUCUAGGCCAGGAGGUCACGAGUGGCAGCUGAGGCCUUCUGUUGCUUGAAAGUCCAAUGUAGGGGGCAGCUAGGUGGCACAGUGGAUAGAGCACCAGCCCUGGAUUCAGGAGGACCUGAGUUCAAAUUCAGCCUCAGACACUUGACACUUACUAGCUGUGUGACCCUGGGCAAGUCACUUAACCUUCAUUGCCCCACCAAAAAAAAGAAAAAAGAAAGUCCAAUGUAACACUUGAUUGCUGGCUCAGAUAUUGAUAGACAUUUGAAAGCCAGCAGUUCCCAAGGGGUGGGUAGGAGGUGUGGGACAUGGAGGGGGGCCUUGCUAAUCGCACCUUAGUUCAGAUCUCACGGUUUGCGCUGGAACGUGGGGAGUGGCUAUUUGUUCGUGAGUGGGAGCACAGCAUCCUUAGUUCAAAUUACAGUGGACUUUCUGACCCUCAGAGUAUCAAACUGUAUUGGAAAGCCUAAUAAAUAAUGUUUAUGCAAUUUUGUAAUGUUUACAAAUGAUUGUGCAAUCAACUCUGUAUGAAUGUCAAGGUUUUAUCAGGAAGAGUGUCCAUGGAAUUGCAGAAGGGAAAUGCCUUUUCCAAAGAAAAGUCCUCCCAGGCAUUCUAAGCCGGCUCCUAAGCCUCUCUUGUGCAAUAGUGACAGGAUUGCAGACAAGACUUUAGCCAGUCCUCCUGGACACCCAAAUCACAACUGUGCUGUACUUGAGAAUGGCCUAACCUGGUGCCAGCUAAGCCCAGCCAGGGAGAACUCAGCUCCCUUAGAGUCUGGGCACCCUGGGGGAAACGGCAGUGGCCAUGUAGCCAGAACUACUUGUUGGGGGAGAUCCGCCUACCAUCCCUGGAGGCUACUGGGAAGUAGGGGGAUGGUCCUUAGGCCCCCUCUCUUUCCUCCAUUCCAAAGUCGUCUUUGAAGCAGACCUGCUCUAGAGUUCAGACAGCUGCUCAGCUUCUGGGGACCUUAGCAGUCGGGGCAGGAGCUGAGGUUCAGGAUUUGACAGGCCUCUUCUUGUCUUCCUGGCCAUAGACUUGGCCUUCUGGAAUCUUGGCUACUAAAUGGUUUUAGGGCGGGUUUUUUAUAGCCAGAAUCUUGGGGCUUCUCCAUCAGUAAACCUGGAGAGUUGAAAAGGAUUAUGAAGUAGAGAAAAGCCCCCAGCCACCUGGCAGUCCUCCCUCCAUUCCCCUUUCUCCUGAGGUCUGGAGCCUCCAUCCCAGCUCAGACAGAAUCUGGAGGGCAGCAGGGGCAGGCAGAGUAGGCACAACUUCCAUCCUCUCUUCUGGGGCUUCACCUUCACAGUGAUGCUCAGCGUGGAUGGUGGGGAUGUCUUUGACAUGCUGCUCAUCCCUUAAAAUACCUGCUGAGCCUGGGAGCGAGCCGCUGGUAGGCAGAAACGCCUGCCUCCUCCUGGCCCAGAGCUGUUUGCCAAGUUAUUGAAGGGUGGUUCUUAGCCGAGUUUUAAAUACUUGUAAAUAGGAAUCUCUAACAGAAAAUCCAGAAGCUCUCCCUCAUGGGGUGGGAUGGGGGGCCUUCAGGAAUGCUGCUCUUGCACUGCUGUGAUGUCCUACAUUAUUGGAUUGUUGCCAAGCACGGUUGGGUGCCAUCAGAGGCUGGCGUCUUGUUUGUGGGGAUUGCGCAAACGCUGGGCAUGCUUGGGCAUGAGGUCAUUUGUUUUCUUUGGAUUUCUCCUAACUGUCAAAUAACUAUGCAAGUGUGUUAAUUAAAGGGACACAAACCAGA